AUGGGGGGCCCCCGGGCCGCGCGGCUCCGGCUGCUCCUGCGCCCGGUCAAGCUGCUGCGGAGGCGCUUCCGGCUGCUGCUGCUGCUCGCCGUGGUGUCCGUGGGGCUCUGGACUCUUUAUCUGGAACUGGCGGCGUCAGCCCAGGUCGGCGGGAACCCCCUGAACCGCAGGUAUGGCAGCUGGAGGGAGCUGGCCAAGGCUCUGGCCAGCAGAAACAUUCCGGCUGUGGACCCGAAUCUGCAGUUCUACCAUCCCCAGAGGCUGGGCCCCAAGGACCCAGGCUCAGCGCGUGGUGGGAGUGGAAACAGCAGCUACCUGAAGUGGAAUAAGCCGGUGCCCUGGCUCUCAGAGUUCCGCGGCCGCGUCAACCUGCAUGUGUUUGAGGACUGGUGCGGCAGCUCCAUCCAGCAGCUGCGGAGGAACCUCCACUUCCCCCUGUACCCCCACAUCCGCACAACCCUAAGGAAGCUGGCCGUGUCUCCCAAGUGGACCAACUACGGCCUCCGCAUCUUUGGCUACCUGCACCCCUUCAUGGACGGGGAGAUCCAGUUUGCCAUCGCUGCCGACGACAACGCAGAAUUCUGGCUGAGCCGGGACGACCAGGUCUCCGGCCUACAGCUGCUGGCCAGCGUGGGCAAGACUGGAAAAGAGUGGACUGCCCCUGGAGAGUUCGGAAAAUUCCGGAGUCAGGUUUCUAAGCCGGUCAGCCUGGCAGCUGCCCGCCGCUACUACUUCGAGGUGCUGCACAAGCAGAACGACCAGGGCACCGACCACGUGGAAGUCGCGUGGCGGCGGAAUGACCCCGGGGCCAAGUUCAGCAUUAUUGACUCUGCUUCCCUGUCCCUCUUCACAAAUGAGACCCUCCUGAGGAUGGACGAGGUGGACCACAUCCCGCAUACAGCAGCCAGCCACAUGGGCUCCCCAGACCCGCUUCCCACUGACGAACAACCACCCGCUGACAUGCUGCGGCCCGACCCUCGGGACACUCUCUAUAGAGUGCCUCUGAUCCCCAAGGCUCAGCUCCGACACGUCUUGCCCGACUGCCCCUACAAGCCCAGCUACCUGGUGGACGGGCUCCCUCUGCAGCGCUACCAGGGACUCCGGUUUAUUCACCUAUCUUUUGUUUACCCCAAUGACUACACCCGCCUGAGCCACAUGGAGACCCAGAAUAAGUGCUUCUACCAGGAAAACGCCUACUACCAAGACAGGCUCAGCUUUCAAGACUACAUCAAGAUUGACCAGCCUCAGAAGCAGGGCCCAGAGCAGCCAGGUUUCGAUGACGGCCUUCUAGAAGAAUCCCAGUAUGGAGAAGUGGCAGAGGACACCCCUACCCCUGAUGGCCAGAAUGCCAGGAUGCCAGCGGGGAAGUCAGACCCCCCCACAGCUCCCCGGCAGGAUACCCCUGACCACCGCCUCCGAAACCUGCGGAGACUCCUGGCUCGGGCCCUGGAGGGCCUGGCAGCACCCCCUCCCUGGCAGAACUCCACAGCCUCCCUCCCCAUGAGGCCCAGUGCCGCCCCUGCCCAGCCAGCAGAUAAGAAGGCGAGGAAGCCCAGCCUUGAGCCCCACCAGGCUCCGAAGCAUCCUGACAAGUGGCCUCUGGGUCCCCAGGCCGGGCGCUCGCCUCCAGCGAAGAGGCCCAGGCCCCCCGGUGCCAGUCCUGGGAAGAUGCUUGGGCGGUCCCAGUGGCUGAACCAGGUCGAGUCAUACAUCGCAGAGCAGAGAAGGGGUGAUAGGAUGGAGCCUCCGGACCCCAGGAGGGACUGGCCUGAAGAGCAGGACGUGGUGGUGGCAGUAGCCGGCCAAGAAGGACAAACAGAUGGCGAGGCUGAGGGGGAGGACGAGGGGGAGGACGAGGAGGAUGUGAGCGAGGUGUUGGAGUACCUGUCCAUGUUCGACCCGGUGGUGAACUGGGAGCAGACCUUCAGUGCCCACGACCUGGAUUUCCAAGCACUGCGGACAGACUGGAUCGACCUGAGCUGUAACACGUCGGGCAACCUGCUGCUUCCAGAGCAGGAGGCGCUCGAGGUCACGCGGGUCUUCCUGAAGAAGCUCAACCAGAGGAGCCGGGGGAGGUACCAGCUUCAGCGCAUUGUGAAUGUGGAGAAGCGGCAGGACCACCUCCGCGGGGGCCGCUACCUCCUGGAGCUCGAGCUGCUGGAGCAAGGCCAGCGCCUGGUGCGGCUCUCCGAGUUCGUGUCCACGCGCGGCUGGCAGGGCGCCGAUGCCGCGGGCAGGAAGGAGGCUGAGGCCCGGAACCUGCAGGGCCUGGUGUGGAGCCCACAUGACUUCCAGGGGCACGUCCCGGGUGCCCGGGCCCCGGAGCCCAAGCUGUGCUGGCCCCAGGGCUUCUCCUGGAACCACCGCGCCGUGGUCCACUUCAUUGUGCCGGUGAAGAACCAGGCGCGCUGGGUACAGCAAUUCAUCAGAGACAUGGAGACCCUGUCCCGGGUCACCAGUGACCCACACUUGAAUAUCAUCAUCACCGACUAUAGCAGUGAGGACAUGGAUGUCGAGAUGGCCCUGAAACAGUCCAAGCUGCGGAGCUACCAGUACAUGAAGCUAAGUGGGAAUUUUGAACGCUCAGCUGGACUCCAGGCUGGUGUGGACCUGGUGAAGGACCCGCACAGCAUCAUCUUCCUUUGCGACCUCCACAUCCACUUCCCAGCUGGCAUUAUCGACACCAUCCGGAAGCACUGCGUGGAAGGCAAGAUGGCCUUCGCCCCCAUGGUCAUGAGGCUGCACUGCGGGGCCACCCCCCAGUGGCCCGAGGGCUACUGGGAGGUGAACGGAUUCGGGCUGCUAGGCAUCUACAAGUCAGACCUGGACAGGAUCGGCGGCAUGAACACCAAGGAGUUCCGAGACCGCUGGGGCGGAGAGGACUGGGAGCUGCUGGACAGGAUCCUCCAAGCCGGCCUGGAAGUGGAGCGUCUCUCCCUCCGAAAUUUCUUCCAUCACUUCCAUUCCAAGCGGGGCAUGUGGAACCGCCGCCAGAUGAAGACGCCAUAA